AAGUCAGCGGUCGUGAAUAUUGUUAAAAAUUACAAUUUCGUGAUAAUUUGCUAUCAAUUUUAAAAUUAAAUUUAAACCGUAAACAUGUUUCUGACCCGCUCCGAGUACGAUCGUGGGGUGAACACGUUCAGCCCCGAAGGCAGGCUGUUCCAGGUGGAAUAUGCCAUCGAGGCCAUCAAACUGGGGUCGACAGCCAUUGGGAUAUGUACAUCGGAAGGCGUCGUUUUAGCGGUCGAAAAAAGGAUAACGUCUCCUCUGAUGGAGCCUACUACCAUUGAAAAGAUUGUGGAAGUAGACCGCCACAUCGCCUGCGCUGUAUCGGGCCUGAUGGCUGAUUCAAGAACACUAGUGGAACGCGCCCGUGUGGAGUGUCAGAACCACUGGUUUGUGUACAACGAGCGCAUGAGCGUUGAGUCGUGUGCGCAGGCGGUGUCCAACCUGGCGAUACAGUUCGGCGACAGUGACGAUGACAGUGGCACCGCUAUGUCCAGACCUUUUGGUGUAGCUGUUAUGUUUGCAGGCAUUGAUGAGAAGGGUCCCCAACUAUUCCACAUGGACCCCAGUGGCACAUUUGUCCAGUAUGACGCCAAAGCUAUUGGCUCUGGCAGUGAGGGAGCUCAGCAAAGUCUUAAGGAGGUCUACCACAAGUCGAUGACUCUGAAAGAAGCGAUCAAGUCGGCUCUGACUAUCCUAAAACAGGUGAUGGAAGAGAAACUGUCUGCUAACAAUGUAGAGGUGGUGACCAUGACUCCUGGAGAAUUGUUCCACAUGUUUACGAGGGAGCAGCUUGCCGAGGUUAUCCAAGAUAUUCCCUAGACAAAUAAUAGUUGGUUGGAAGUUGGUGUGAUGUGAAUUUAUUACUAUUUUCAUUUCCAAAAUUCUGAACUUCGUCCUUUGAAGGACGUAUUUGGAAAAUCAUAAUUCUGAUUUCUAAAAACGGAAUGAUUUACAAAGCUCUGGAUAGCAUUGUUAUAUUGGGAAAAUUAUUAAAAUAAGUUGAGAUCACACUGCUAAGGUACUUUGAAAUAGUAAUAUUUGAAGUAAAUUGUAUUUCCUAGUUGAUCAUUGUAAAGUUGCAUUUUUAUUUAAGUACAUUAGUGUAUUGUAUGUAAUAACUGUAUUUAUGUAUGAUCAUUUAUUUCAUUGUAGCUAUAUAAAAGUACUUAUCUCAAAAACUUAUUAAUUUGAUAACUAUGUAAAUUUUUUACACUCAUGUUUUAGUAUUACUUGAACAGUUGUUUAAUUCAGCAUUAUUUUAAAAGUGUAUUUAACUACUAAUGGUUCUGGAGGUGCAGUUUAUUUGAAACAUUACUUUAUAAUAUUGGAUCUUAUGGUAAGUAUUCACAGUUUAUAAUAAAAAAUAUCGACAUAA